CAGAGUGGAUGUGAGUGGAUCUCUGCCUGUGCAAAGGAAAAGACAGAAACACCUCAGUCACUCUCCACUGGACAUCCUCGCCUCUGGACGCACUUUUACGCGCGGCUCCAAGAUAUAAACAAGCUGCACCAUCCGAUUUAACAUCAUCAGGAUCGUUUUACUCUGAUGUAGGCCUAUGUUGUAACAUCGAGAAGCCAUUUGUCUUUCUGUCCUUUAUGCUUCGGGAUUUCCAUCUGCAAAGUCUCCAGAAAGUGAUGAGUCGUGGCAAACCGGGGAGUAUGAUCUCUGCGUAAACUUAUUUUUUGUUUAUCCGAACCAAACCCUCCGUUAGAAAUGCAGAUCCUGCUGUACACCGCUGUGCUCCUGUACCUCCAGGAGCGUGCCAGCGCAGAGCCAAAAGCCAAGUGUCCCACGCGCUGCGAUGUGAGUACCUGUCCGAGUCCUAGCUGCCCCAGCGGCUACGUGCCCGAUCGCUGCAACUGCUGCCUGGUGUGCGCGCAGGCCGAGCUGGAGCCGUGCGGCCGCAAGGAGGACCUGCCCUGCGGGGACGGGCUGGAGUGCAAAAAGCCCAACAGCAAGCGGCUCUCCAAGGGAUUCUGCCGGUGCAAGUUCAGGAACGACGUGUGUGGCAGCGACGGGAAGUCGUACGGCAACGUGUGCCAGCUGAAGGCCACCAGCAGGAAGGCUCUGCAGCAGGGACAUCCGGGCAUCACCCAGAUCCAGAAGGGACCGUGUGAGAACAGCACAGGUAAUCCAAAUGCUGCCAGUCCUCGUUACAAGUUCAACUUCAUAGCCGACGUGGUGGAGAAAAUCGCUCCUGCUGUGGUCCACAUCGAACUCUUUCUCAGGCAUCCUCUCUUUGGGCGGAACAUCCCUCUGUCUAGUGGAUCUGGGUUUUUGAUGUCAGAAAACGGACUGAUUGUAAGCAAUGCACACGUAGUCUCCAGCACUACACCAGUGUCCGGUCAACAGCACCUCAAGGUCCAGAUGCAAAAUGGGGAUGUAUAUGAAGCCAACAUCAAAGACAUUGACAAAAAGUCAGACAUCGCUACAAUCAAAAUCAAUUCACAGAACAAACUGCCUGUAUUGUUGCUGGGCCACAGUGCAGACCUGAGGCCCGGGGAGUUUGUCGUUGCCAUCGGCAGCCCCUUCGCCCUCCAGAACACCGUCACCACCGGCAUCGUCAGCACCGCCCAGAGAGACGGCAAAGAACUGGGCCUCAGGGACUCCGACAUGGACUACAUCCAGACGGACGCUAUUAUCAAUUACGGGAAUUCAGGAGGACCCCUUGUCAAUUUGGACGGGGAGGUGAUCGGCAUCAACACCUUGAAGGUUGCAGCAGGAAUCUCGUUUGCCAUUCCCUCCGACAGGAUCACUCGCUUCCUCAAUGAGUCUCUAGAUAAGCACAACAAAGAUGUGAGGUCAGUAAAGAAGCGGUUCAUUGGGAUCAGGAUGCUGACCAUCACACAAGCGUUAAUCGAAGAGCUAAAACUGCAGAACCCAGACUUCCCUAAUGUCACCAGUGGGAUUUAUGUCCAUGAGGUUGUUCCUCACUCACCUGCAGAGAAAGGCGGGAUCAAAGAUGGUGACAUCAUUGUGAAGCUGAAUGGCAAGCCUCUGAUGGCCACAGCUGACCUGCAGGGGGCGCUACAGGAAGAAACGGCGCUGCUAUUGGAGGUCAGGAGGGACAAUGAUGACCUGCUCUUUAACAUCGAACCUGAUGUCAUCAUGCAGUAGACAACGAAAGCACUGCUCUCUCGCAGAGUUAGAACUACAUGUAAGGCCCUAUUUUUGCUAAUGACAUUGGAUAGUGGAAGCACUGCAACACAGCAGCUGGACUUCUGUCAAGCAAGUACAUCUUUGAAUACUGGCUGUGGACUGUACCAAAUACAAGGAUCCCAUGGACCAUAUGGUGCAAUGCUGUUUAGGUAUCAAGGAUUUACAACUGUGCCUUCCACAUGUUUAAACCAGGGUCAACGUGCAACAGGGGCACAUAUACAGGAAUUCAUGAACCGGAUCCCAGAUUUUGUUUUCCACUUUGAUCACCAGUAAACACAUUUGCUUUACAAGUACCUCAAAGUAUGUUAUUAAUAGGCUAUAACAUAUGGUGCACAUCACAAAAAAGCAAAGUUGAUGAAUGUACUGUGGAAUUGAAACAUUUCAAUUAGAUUAUAAUGAUGAUAGGGACAUUUCUCUUAAGCAUUUCCUCGACAAAAGCAUUAUCCAAGUCCACAAAACUCAGAUGAAAUCCAACAAAGGUUUAGCCUGCACUUGACCCUUAUGUCCUGGUGUUGUCAGCACUUUUAUCCCAAGAUCAUAUUCUUAAAAGAAAACCAAAGCGUCAAUGUACUGUGUGUGCCGUACUACACUGCGCACCAUUUAAAAAAUAUAUAAAAUUAGGGUUAGGGUUGGGCCUUAAAACAAGAGACAGAAUUUUCCACUGCGGGUGAUGGACAGUCUUUCCUGACCUAAACUAGUGAGUGUUACUGUAUGUCAGCUGUGUGAGUUAAGGACACCGGAGUGUUGCUGAAGGAUAUUCCUUAACGGUUUGAGUCUGUAAAACCUGCAAUGGAAGCUUACUUGCUUUCCGCAUGAAAAUGGUUCUAUUUAAAAUAAUGAAUAUAGGUCAGUCAGCUUUUUCCAAAAUGGAAGGCUGACCUUUUAAAGAACCUCUAGAAUAAACAGAAUGAGGUCAACAUUCAGCUAACUGAACUUCUGAUUGGCCAAUCGCAACUUUUGCUUUUUAUCAUGUGGGCAUUUGCCAAAUUACUUUUGUAUUUUUAAGCAUUGAGUUUCCAGUGUUUGUUUUGAAAUGUUAAACAUUGUCAUGUUAUAUUGGUUUAUGGUUGGCAUAUUUCUUUAUUGCUGUAUGUUGUCUUAAACAAAUGUGAAACACGUGUGUUUAUUACAUUUACAUGAUGAUGGAAUGAAGAGCACUAAAUGUGAGCAGAUUUUUUGUCUCACUACUGCUUCUGCUCUGGUUCAUAACUGUUUGUACUUUUAUCCUAUUGACAAAAACAAAAUGUUUACAUGUAAGUUGCCAACAAAGCAAUCCUCUGAAACAGCCUUUGGAAGCAGCUUUUUACACCAAAUAAAGUUUGCACACAAUCA